CUGACCCCGGCCCCCGGCCUUCUCGCCACAACCCGUUCUCCGUGCGGCACUCUGUCCUGUCGCCCUUCGCUGCCCUGCGCGUCCCUCCACCCCGACCCGGGGUUUGCCCGGAGCCCUGUCCGCCAUGCGGCUCGUGCCUCUGGCUCCAGGUGGGCCCCGGCGUGGCGGCCCCGGCCACCUGCCUUGCUGCGGCCGUGCUCUGUGCCUGCUGCUCCUGCUGCUGUUGCUGCUGGGCAGCUGCUUGCAGGUCUCCGGGCGGACGACUGGCUCUCGGAGGCCCAACGUGGUGCUGCUCCUCACCGACGACCAGGACGAAGUGCUCGGCGGCAUGACUCCACUGAAGAAAACCAAGGCUCUCAUCGCAGAGAUGGGGAUGACUUUCUCCAGUGCUUAUGUGCCAAGUGCUCUCUGCUGCCCCAGCAGGGCCAGCAUCCUGACGGGGAAGUACCCGCACAAUCAUCACGUUGUUAACAACACGUUGGAGGGGAACUGCAGUAGUACAUCCUGGCAGAAGAUCCAAGAACCACACACAUUCCCAGCAAUUCUCAGGUCCAUGUGUGGCUAUCAGACCUUUUUUGCAGGGAAAUACUUGAAUGAGUACGGAGCCCCUGAUGCAGGUGGACUGGAACACGUUCCUCUGGGCUGGAGUUACUGGUACGCUCUGGAAAAGAACUCUAAAUACUACAAUUAUACCCUGUCUAUCAACGGGAAGGCACGGAAGCAUGGUGAGAACUACAGCACAGACUACCUCACAGACGUGCUGGCCAAUGUCUCCUUGGACUUCCUGGACUACAAGUCCAACUCCGAGCCGUUCUUCAUGAUGAUCUCCACUCCAGCACCCCAUUCACCAUGGACAGCUGCACCUCAGUACCAGAAGGCCUUCCAAAAUGUCCUUGCCCCAAGAAACAAGAACUUCAACAUCCAUGGAACGAACAAGCACUGGUUAAUUAGACAAGCCAAGACGCCAAUGACUAAUUCUUCAAUACAGUUUUUAGAUAAUGCUUUUAGGAAAAGGUGGCAGACUCUGCUUUCAGUUGAUGACCUUGUAGAGAAGCUGAUUAAGAGACUGGAGUUCACUGGCGAGCUCAACAAUACCUACAUCUUUUAUACCUCAGACAACGGCUACCACACAGGACAAUUUUCAUUACCAAUAGACAAACGACAGCUGUAUGAGUUUGACAUCAAAGUUCCACUAUUGGUUCGAGGGCCUGGAAUCAAACCAAAUCAGACUAGCAAGAUGCUUGUCGCCAACAUUGACUUAGGCCCUACUAUUUUGGACAUUGCUGGCUAUAACCUGAAUAAGACGCAGAUGGAUGGGAUGUCCUUAUUGCCCAUUUUGACAGGGGCCAGUAACUUGACCUGGAGAUCAGAUGUCCUGGUGGAGUACCAAGGAGAAGGCCGUAACGUCACCGACCCAACGUGUCCCUCCCUAAGUCCUGGAGUUUCUCAAUGUUUCCCAGACUGUGUGUGUGAAGAUGCCUACAACAACACCUAUGCCUGUGUGAGGACCAUGUCGGCACUGUGGAACCUGCAGUACUGCGAGUUUGACGACCAGGAGGUGUUUGUGGAAGUUUAUAAUCUGACUGCAGACCCUGACCAGAUCACUAACAUCGCUAAAAGCAUUGACCCAGAGCUCUUAGGAAAGAUGAACUACCGCUUGAUGAUGCUACAGUCCUGCUCCGGGCCAACCUGUCGUACUCCAGGAGUUUUUGACCCUGAGUACAGGUUUGACCCUCGUCUCAUGUUCAGCCAUCACGGCAGCAUCAGAACUAGAAGGUUUUCAAAACAUCUCCUGUAGCGACUGCAGCCGGCCUCUGCCGUGGGACCCUGCACCCUUCUCUCUGGAGUGGCUGUAGUAGAUGUCUAACUAGUCAAGACCAUGCCUGGAAGAGUUCCUGAACUGCCUUUGUUUCAAGUCCUGUUGGAAAAAACAACCCAAUCAGCUGACUUCCUUGUGUAACCUGUGAAACUGUGAACUCUGCCCACCCUCUUCCCUUAGCUGACGGACCCUCCUGGGGCUUUGUUCUCACCAUAUCCUUUCUGUACUGGGACCUCCGUUCUUGAGUGUUCCCUGUGUGGUCAGAGUCUGAAUUUAUAAAUCCAUUCAGAUAAAUGGCAAUACUUAAGGGGGUGGGGGAGGGUUGGGAAGGAAGUUUUUGUAACAUAGCUGGACCCAAAGCCAAAAGAUCCGUAUAACAUUUCAUAUUGAGCACCUCACUAUAAAAAUCCCUAACAUUACAUGGCUUGGACAGUAACCGUGAGAGCAGAAGCAUCAGGACACUUUCCCAUAGUUUUGAUAAGCAGAGAUAUUGUGCAGCAGAUCCAUCACAGUGUGAUACUGUCAUCAACUCCAGUCCACCACGCCUUGUUUGUUGCAGUCACUUGGUUUUGGGUUGGUUUUGUUUGGGGCGGGGAGAAGGUGUGCAGUCUAUCUGGACUGAGCUGGAACCUGCAGUGUGUACAGUAGACCUGGAUUCCAGGAAGCUCUCGGAGGUGACCGUCUCCUACUUAGCAGCUGCUGACCACAUGGAACGCCAGUUAACAUGAGCAGUACUGACGGAAGCCCUCUCCUCCCUGGGCUUUACUCGCCGAGAUCUGAAAAAUAAAGUGGCUUAGGUGUAUUUACUGAAAGAAACACUGCCAAAGGUUGGUGAAAGCUGUGUUUGAGAGUAUUGCAUAGCUAGACUCAGGUUGACAGGUGGGAAGGAAGCCCCGGCCAGGGGGGCCCUCAGCGUCCGGCUGGUGCACUCAGGCAUUCUGCCUGCAUUUUGCUGUCACUCUGUUCACUUGUUCUGAGAUGAAAGACAGUCUUAGUUUAUGCAAAGUUCAAACAACUAACCACUGCCUGUUUGCUCCCAAGGAGAUUGUUUUUCUGAGUUUUCUGUUUUGAUUAGGACCUUAGUGACUGUUCCUCCUGUCAAAUAUCUGUUUAGGUUCCCCACUUCUUUAAAACAUCUACAUUUUUGUUGGCUUGAAGACCACUUUUAUUUCUGUUUGCUUCACAAGAGGGGUGAUUGGUGGUGGGAUAGCAGAGGUAAACAGAGAUGUAGAUCGCAACCUGUUCAACCCAGGCAGGAAGUAACUGUAGCUUUAUCUCUGAUUUUGUCAAGCUUUAAGCACUUUGUAAGACAAGGCCAUAGUAACUUUAUCAGAAUUUUAGACAGCCAUGUUAGGUUACUAGUCAUUGAAUUCAUUCCAUUACCUCAUAUGAUCCCAGCAAUUGAGGUGUUAUCCAGAGAUGAAAGGCCAGUGAAAUGAACACCUCUGCUAUGUGGGUGUUAAGAGAAAUUCUAAAAAUUAUGUAACUGCAAUGUUGGGUAUCACAUUUAUUUUCCAUUUUGAUAACUUCAUCAGUCAACUUCCACAACAAUGAAAGUUGACCAGUUAUUCCCAAAUAAAAAGCAAGCAACUCUUA